UUAGUCAAUUGGGGCGUGUAUCACACUCCCUACCUUUGCGCAAACGUUUCGUGUGCCGUCAAAUUUGAUUCUCGUCGGUAGUAACGCCUUUUAUUUUAAAUACUGAAAAACAAAAAUCUGGUUUGUAGGGUUUAACCGAAACAGGACCUGGGUCUGUCUUAGAUUUUUAAAUGGUGAAGAAAAACGAGAGCUUUAAGCCCAAACAAGAAAGCAAGAAGGAGAGAAAGAGAUGGAGUUCAUGGGGGUUGAUCGGGGCAUUAGUGGCAGUUGCUCUGGCAGUUGUUGUAGCUGUUACUGUUUCUCUAAUGACCGCUUCAAAGAUUGGUUCUUUGAUUAACAGCAAUAACAAGUCAUGUCAAUGCCCUUCUUCUCAGGAUUCAGGGAAAUAUAAGGGAGUGAUUGAGGAUUGUUGUUGUGAUUAUGAGAGUGUAGAUAGUGUAAAUGGAGAGGUGUUGCAUCCUUUGCUUCAAGAGCUUGUUACAACACCGUUUUUUCGGUAUUUUAAGGUUAAAUUGUGGUGCGACUGCCCUUUCUGGCCCGAUGAUGGUAUGUGCCGCUUGCGUGAUUGCAGUGUUUGUGAAUGCCCAGAAAACGAGUUCCCAGAACCUCUUAAGAAGCCAUUCCUCUAUGGUCUUCCAGCAGAUGAUGUGGCGUGUCAAGAGGGAAAUCCACAGGCUGCUGUUGAUCGCACAUUAGACAGUAGAGCUUUUAAAGGAUGGAUAGAGACAGAUAAUCCAUGGACAAAUGAUGACGAGACUGAUAAUGAUGAGAUGACAUAUGUGAAUCUCUUAUUGAAUCCGGAACGCUACACUGGUUAUGUUGGUCCAUCAGCUAGAAGAAUAUGGGAUGCUGUUUACUCAGAGAAUUGCCCAAAAUAUCCAUCGGGAGAGAUGUGCCAGGAGAAAAAAGUAUUAUACAAAUUAAUAUCUGGCCUCCACUCUUCCAUUUCAAUCCAUAUAGCUGUUGACUAUCUUCUUGAUGAGAGCACCAAUAAGUGGGGUCAGAACCCGGAAUUGAUGUAUGAUCGUGUUCUCAGAUAUCCUGAUCGUGUCAGAAACUUGUACUUCACAUUCCUCUUUGUUUUGCGUGCCGUGGCUAAAGCAGCAGAUUACCUGGAGCAGGCUGAGUAUGACACUGGUAACCAUACAGAGGACCUAGAGACACAGUCUUUAGUGAGGCAGUUACUUCACAACCCCAAACUCCAAGCUGCUUGUCCUCUUCCAUUUGAUGAAGCUAAGUUAUGGCAAGGUCAAAGUGGACCUGAACUGAAGCAGCAAAUUCAAAAGCAAUUCAGAAAUAUUAGUGCAUUGAUGGACUGUGUUGGCUGUGAGAAGUGUAGACUCUGGGGGAAACUUCAGGUUCUUGGCCUUGGUACUGCAUUGAAGAUCCUCUUUUCUGUUGAUGGUCAAAAUCAGCCAAGCGAAUCUCUCCAACUACAACGAAAUGAAGUGAUUGCUCUGGUAAAUUUGCUCAAUCGACUCUCAGAAUCUAUAAAAUACGUUUGUGAACAGGGACCUUCAAUUGAGAAGACCAUGGAGAGACAGAUAUCAGAUCCUUCUGAAACCAAGUAUGCUAGUACAUGACAGAGAGCAGGGGAGUCUCUGUUUCGGCUUUGGUUAGGGAAAUCAUCAGCAUAGCAAGUCAUUGUUAGACACUGCUGUAAAAAGUUUGAAGGCUGCUUUACAGUCAUACAUACCAGUAUCGCUUAAGAGCAAUAGGUCAGGGGUUUUGCAGAAACACAGUCUUCCCGAGAACACAAGUCCCACGCAAAUGUUGGUAUAAAAUAGUCUGGAGUAGGCAUAGUUUUGAACACUUAAAUGUGGUACUCAACAUUUGCCUGAUUGGGCCUGUUGUUGCUGGUUAUAUUCAUGCUCCCCUUUUUAAACAAAGAAAACAAGUAUACGACACGUAUUGAUGCAAUUUUUGUUUCUCA